CUGGGGGGGGGGGGCUCUGGGGGUCACCUGUCCCCAUUCCACGAGGGGUGUCCCCAAGCACAGGGGAGGGGACCCACGGCCCCGUGGCCCCCCCGGGGCUGUCCCUGGGGGGGGUUGAUCCUGCUCCCACGUGACGGCGGGUCCUGAUCUCAUAAGAGCCUUUGGACCGUGGGCCAGCGCAGCCAUGGCCGCCCCCGCGCCCCGCACCGUCCUCGUCACCGGCUGCUCCUCCGGCAUCGGGCUGGCCGUGGCCGUCAAGCUGGCGCAGGACCCCCAGCAGCGCUUCCAGGUAAUCGCCACCAUGCGGGACCUGCGGAAGAAGGAGAAAUUAGAGGCGGCGGCGGGGGCGGCGCUGGGCACCACGCUCAGCAUCCAGCGCCUGGACGUCUGCAGCGACAGCUCGGUGGCGGAAUGCAUGGCCAGCAUCCCCGGGGGGCGCGUGGACGUGCUGGUGAAUAACGCCGGCGUGGGGCACGUGGGGCCGGUGGAGAGCGUGAGCGUGGAGGAGAUGAAGCGCAUCUUCGAGACCAACUUCUUCGGCGUGGUGAGGAUGAUCAAGGCGGUUCUCCCCGACAUGAAGCGGCGGCAGAACGGGCACAUCGUGGUGGUCAGCAGCGUCAUGGGGCUGCAGGGGAUCGUCUUCAACGACGUCUACGCCGCCUCCAAGUUCGCCGUGGAGGGGUUUUGUGAGAGCUUGGCCGUGCAGCUGCUGCAGUUCAACGUCUUCGUCUCCAUGGUAGAGCCGGGUCCCGUCAACACGGACUUCGAGCUGAAGCUGAUGGAGGAGGUUUCGCGCUCCGAGUUCCCCGGCGCCGACGCGGACACCGUGCGGUAUUUCAAGGAUGUUUAUCUGCCGGCGUCCCACCAAAUCUUCGCCACGCUGGGGCAGAGCCCGGCCGCCGUGGCCGAGGCCAUCGUGGCCGUGAUCGGCGCCCGGCGGCCGGCGUUCCGCACCCAAACCAACCGUCUCUACACGCCGCUGGUGGCUCUCAAGUACGCGGAUCCCUCGGGGGAUCUGUCGGUCGGGACCUACUACCGGUUGCUGUUCCAUUACGGGACGCUGUUCCACCUCAGCAUGGCCGCCCUGCGCUGCCUCACCUGCGGCUGCUGCCGGCGCAGGGUCACCCCCUUUUGA